CUUAAGCUCGUUUUCCAGGCUAUCAGCUCAAAAUAUGUCGUUCCGUUCCGCUGUGAAGUACGAAAUCAUACCGAUUAUAUGUUCGGUGCUGCUAAAUAAUUGACAAGUAGUAUGGGGCAGUGGUUAUCUAUUUAGUAACGAAGUUCCUUUGAGGUUGGUUACCGCGAGUUGAUUUUGUGCUAUAACUCAGCCAGUUACUGGACAGUUCCAUUCAACUUCAGUCACUUUGUCAGUUGUAAUAACUUCAUGUGGAUUCUCGAUUGGUGAUAUAUCCACUUGACCGACUUGACAAGUGCCCAUCAAAAAGAAGUAUCGCUUGAUUGAAGCCUAAACUCGAGCGGCGAUGGGUAUCAUCUACAGCCUUCUAGGAUGGAAAUCUGUAGAAGAGGAAGAUCCUGUGACAGGCUUGACACCAAGACAAAUAAGGCUGGUUAAAGAAUCGUGGGCAGUAGCCUCAAAAGACCGAGGAAAACUUGGUGCAGCUAUUAUGAUGGGGCUUUUCGAAAAACAUCCAGAAUACAAGCAGCUAUUCCCAUUUAGAGACGUACCAAAAGAAGAAUUGAAGAAUGAUCUUAAAUUUAAAGUGCACUGCAGUACUGUUAUUUAUGGCUUCGAUCAAAUAAUAGAGAAUUUAACGCAUACUGAUAUACUCCUAGCAAUACUCGAAAAGAUGGCCAUGAACCAUAUAGAACGUAAGGCACCACCGGAAGGCUUUAUUAAUAUUCAAGGACCAAUCGAAGAUGUCUUGAGGACGGUUACAAACGAUGAAACUUUUGCAGCUUGGUCCAAGCUGUUGACGGUGGCUAUGACCUACACGAGAGACAAAAUGAUCGAAAAGAAACCAAACUAGUGAUAUAGAAGUCUAUGUGUUUUUUACGUAUACUUAGUAACAUGAUAUUGACAGUUUUCAAUAGAUUUCAAGAAUGGAGAGAAACUUUGAAGUCACAAAAGAA